ACAGGCCCUGUGCUAAUGAUAUUCAGGCUCAUAAGCACGGGGCCUGUCACAACUAGCUCUGUCCCCCUGCAUUUUAUCUGUGCAUACUUUCUAUCCUUUAAACCUCUUGAACAUACUGACUUUAGACUCGAAAGAUGGCGCAGUGGUGUGACAAAAGUGCAGCUGACCAUUUCCUGUCAGGAUCUGAUGGACAAAGAUGUUGGCUCCAAAUCUGAUCCGCUGUGUGUCUUACUUCAAAACACUGGGACUGGCGACCAAUGGAUAGAUCUGGACCGGACUGAGCGGGUGAAUAAUUGCCAGAAGCCGGAGUUUGCAAAGAAGCUGGAGGUGGAUUAUUACUUUGAGCGUGUGCAGAACCUGAAGUUUGGCAUUUAUGACAUUGACAAUAAAUCCUCGGCCACGAACGACGAUGACUACCUGGGAGGUGUGGAGUGUACCCUGGGACAGAUAGUUUCAAGUAAAUCAUUCACACGCCCGCUGCAACUGAAGAAAGGGAAGUUAGCGGGGAAGGGGAGCAUCACUGUUGUAGCUGAAGAGAUGAACGAUAAAAGAUUAGCAGUUCUUCAGCUGGAGGCCAGAAACCUGGAAAAUAAGGAUUUUAUGGGGAAAUCGGAUCCAUUUAUGGAGCUGUUCAGAGAAGGAGAUGGUGACAAAUGGCAGCUGGCCUAUCGGUCCGAGGUUAUUAAGAACAACCUCAACCCCAACUGGAAGCCCUUCUCUGUGUCCUUGCAGUCCCUGUGUAACGGAGACAUGCAGAAGUCCAUCAAGGUGACUUGUAACGAUAUGGAUGAGAGCACAGAGUCAGACCUGAUUGGGGAGGUGACGGUGCCUAUGUGUAAGCUGCUGGAAGCACAGGAUCAAGUGAUGGAGUUUGACUGCAUCAACCCAGAGAAGAAGAAGAAGAAGAAAAGCUACAAGAAUUCUGGCAUUAUUCGAGUCCGAUCGUGCAAGAUAGAAACGGAUUUCUCUUUCCUGGAUUAUGUGAUGGGCGGAUGUCAGAUCAACUUCACAGUUGGGAUAGACUUCACUGGCUCCAAUGGAGAUCCUCGUUCCCCCGACUCCCUGCAUUACAUCAGCCCCAACGGGGUCAACGAGUACGUGUCAGCUGUCUCGUCUGUGGGGCAGGUGGUGCAGGAUUACGACACGGAUAAGCUGUUCCCGGCCUUUGGAUUUGGUGCCCAGAUCCCACCCAAGUGGCAGGUGUCCCACGAGUUUGCUUUGAAUUUUAGCUCCGACAAUCCGUAUUGCCAAGGUGUACAGGGCAUCAUCGAUGCUUACCGCAACGCCCUGGUCAACGUGCGUCUGUACGGCCCCACCAACUUCUCACCCAUCAUCAGCCACGUGUCCGGCUUUGCAGCGACCACCGCCCAGCACCCGGUGGCAGCGCAAUACUAUGUGCUGCUGAUCAUCACAGACGGGGCGAUCACUGACCUGGACCAGACGCGUGAUGCCAUUGUGAAGGCGUCCCACCUGCCCAUGUCCAUCAUUAUAGUGGGCGUGGGCAACGCUGACUUCAAGGCCAUGGAGUUCCUGGAUGGAGAUGAUGGAGUGUUGAAGUCACUGUCUGGACAGCCCGUUGCCCGCGAUAUUGUGCAGUUCGUGCCCUUCAGACAGUUUCACAACGCUCCGCAGGAGGCUCUGGCACAGACGGUCCUGGCAGAGGUGCCCAAGCAGUUAGUGAGUUACUACAAGAUGCACAACCUGGCACCCAUCAACCCCCCCAGCCCCGCCAGCUAAACGGGGCGGGCACUGCCCAGUGUGGCCGGCACCCCUGCACUGAGGCCAGGCUCACCGGCACUUCUGAUAUUCUGCUCGCUAACCGGGACCAUCCCACCCCACCUCACCUCUUGACAGAGGGUGCUGGUAUAAAAGCUUAGACCCUUGCUCUAGUACACACUGCUGCCUUGCAUAUACCACUUCCAAAGCUUUCUGUGUGCACUUUAUAUUCCUAUGCCUGAUAGAGAGAGUGCAGCGGCCAUAUCCACGCUGCGGUACAGCACGGCGUGACGACGCCUCCCUCGCGCAUGUGAUGAAUGAUUGUGGACAAUGCCACUACCCGGGACCACGUCUCACUCUGUUUCCACUGGGUUUCACAAUUAACAGCUAUUGACCAUUCACUGAGUGUGACUGCACUCUCUGAUCUAUCUCACUCCUGCCCCAGUGCAUCACAUGGUCUGUAAGACCCAGGUAACUCAUGCCCUGUGGCACGAGUCAGAAGUGGCCUCAACCAGUCCACCAGUAUUUACACUUUCAGUACUUAUUAUAGGUUACGUAUCAUUGACUUGCAGGAUUGUCUUCUGCCCGAGGAGAGGUGGGAUCUGCCGAUUUGCCAAAGCCCAAAACUCCCCAUUCAAACAUUGUGAAUGUUCCCCGUGACUGUGGUCCCCCAUAUGCCGGGACCCUCCAUGCACCGGGGGCCCACAGUGACUGACCACCCCCCCCCCCCCCCGGCUUGCCCCUCCCCCGCUAUCUGUUGAGGUGAAAGAGGGGCACAUUUUAACGGAUACGUGUGGGGCAUUUAUUUAAUAUACAGAGGGGUGGGGGCCUGGAAGGUGCUGCUAGGUGGAGACAGAUACGAUAGUGGUGUUUACUGAGACCUGUAGAUAGGCAAUCGGAUUUGUAAGGAAAUGGAUCAGGUGCAGGUACAUGAGAUCAUGUCCAGAAUGAACACUGUGGGCUGAAGGGCCUGUCCCUUUGUGUAAGGCUUCUCACUGCCGGGCUGGGAGCUCGAUGCCUGGCUCAUGCACUGAUGGCUACUCACUGAGCUCUGGCAGCUUGUGGACCUCCAUCCUCUCUCCCUGGUGAGUCUGCCCCAUCACAGGGACCACAAUCCCAGCCACUCCUGGCCCCAUGCAUGCUGCCUCGACCCUUGUUGCUGAUCAGGCCAAUGCAGUUUUACCUGCAGCACAGCUGGGGAGCUGCACUGCUCUCUAAGCUGCCCUGUACUGCACUCUUUGGGCUGCCCUGCGAGGCACUGCUGUGCACUGCUGCUGUCAAGGUGCCUCAUAUCCACCACACUCCAGCUUGUCUCCAUAAAGCUAUAAUGUGCCAAACUUGCUUUGAUUCUCUUGGUUUCUCGGCUAAAUCCGUCACUGUUGAUGAGAGGGCCUGCCAUGUAUCCUCCUCCCAAAUCCUGCAAGAUGGAAGCUCAUGACUGUUCCUCUCCACCUCGUCCCCACUCCCGCCUCACUCUGCAAUGAGACUAUUCCCCAGCCUCAGACCAAAUGUUGUCAAAACGGACCAUCUUUUGUAGAAGAUAAUUGAUUCUGUGCAAACUUUUUGUUUUAAUUGUGGGUUUUGAAUAAAUUACUUUGGCCUUUUGUGUG